CGACAUCGUGCGGAAGUGGACGUCAUAUUCGCCCGGUGAGCACGUGCCCGUGUGCACUCACAUGACGGUAUUCGCACUGCGGUCUGUGCUCGCGUCGCUGUUUGGAAAGGCAAUGAGUACCGACCAACAAAUUAGCCAGUUCCGGAAAAUAUAUGAAACGAUAUGGAAUGAUAAGUUGGUGAAUUCUACUGAUCCGAAUGAACAAGAGAGGCAACUCCAAGAAGGCAAGCAGGAGUUAUCCUCGGUGUUACUGCAGAUAUUUCGCGACCGGAAGCGAAACCCACCACGCGCGGGCGAGGAGCUAUUUUUAGAUGUGCUCAUGGAGUAUACAGAGGACGAAGAGGUACAGUUCUGUGACGCGCUCGUGUACACCAUCGGGGGCUUUCACACGGCCGGAAAUUUGUUGUCAUGGGCGCUGUACUACCUGGCCCAGUACCCGGAUAUACAGGAGAGAGUGUACGCGGAGAUCCGGAGAGUGCUUGGAGAACAGGGCAACGUGGACCACACCAACGUUGGGGAGUUCCAGUACGUCAAGCAGGUGUUGGACGAGACGUUACGCUGCGCUAUCGUGGUCACCUUGGCGGGGAGAUUUAUGGACGAGGACGUCACCAUCAACGGAUAUGUGAUCCCAAAAAACACGCCAGUGAUUCAUGCGAUAGGCGUGGCAUGCCUCAACGAGAAGGUGUUUCCCCACCCCGAAGUGAAAGUUAUCAAUUUCAUGAAAACGCAUCCCAUGUGUUUGACGAAAAAUUGUUGCAAGUAUCGACGAGCUUUGAUAACUGGUUUUAUUAACCACUUUCAUUAAUUGAUAUAGCUGAGAUAUUUAGUGUUAUUUUUAUGAUUUGUAUGUAUGGAUACUUCUUCGAAGCAUUAUUAUAGUAUUGAAAGUUUUUCCAAAAACAUCCAUACUUUUCUUAAAUUGCGAAAAAGAGACAGCUCCUAUAGGUCUUAGAUCUAGCUUUCAAGGUUAUGUCAAAUGUAAAAAGCCUCUCUAAAGUUUCAUUUUGUCCAUCAUGGAAGGUUUUCUAAUAAGUUCCUUACUUAAGUUUCACCAUAGUAGACGAUAGGUUUAACUUCCGUCCGCCGUAAUUAGAUUCCCAAGAUUGACGCGAACCGUUUUGUAAACGCUUCUCAACAUGCAAGUUUUAAAUAAUAAAACACGCUUCCGUUUAGUAUUGUUCAUAAAUCGUUUUAUAACAUACUCCAAAUAAUUAAUUAUGACAACAUCUGGCUUGCUUUCUACUUAAGGUUUGAUCUUGAGAGGUUCAGUCCUGACAAAACCAAGAAGAGAGGCGCCCUCGCCUUCAUUCCUUUCGGUUUUGCGGGAAAACGCUCGUGUCCCGGCCAGAAGUUCGCCUAUGCCGAGGCGACCACCCUCGUGGUGGCUCUCGUUCGUCACUUCCGGCUGCGACUGGUGCCCGGCUUGAAUAUCAAGCCGUCCCACGGUCUCAUAACGCACCCCAACGAGGAGAUUUACGUCAAAAUUGAGAAGCGUUAGAUCUGGCACGCAGAGAGUAAUAUGUUCGUGUCCGAAUUAAAUCAAGAAGGGCAUGCAUACCAUGUCUAUAGAAAGGAGACAUGACCAACUAAGCUAAACAACGUGGUUUUCCUCCAUUGCUAAAACUUUGCCGUUUCUCUAUUUGCACGUUGUGAUUUUCUCGUGCAAAGCAUUAUUUGUUAAGGGAAUCAUUUCAACGCGAUAUAUUUACGAAGGCCAAUAAGAGUGACAGCAGCUUCCUCUGGUCAUAGCUCUUCCUUCUGCCGGCAUUAAUUUCAGAAGACACCAUAGUCAGUGACAAGGCGUUUGUUAUAACAGCAAAUGCACAGUGUAGAAAACAUGUAUAAACGUAAACAGAAACGUAUUUUGGAUAUUGCUUAUAACCAUUUUUGUACGAACAUGAUAUUAAAUUAUGUAUAGGAAAAAUUGAUAACGCAUUGUGAUAUUUAGCUUGAUUUUCAGGACAAAAAAUGCAAUCUAUUUAACUCGCAUUGGCGUCAGCGUAGGCGUACUUCAGGGCGUCCGAACGAGUUUCUAAGAA